AGAAAACUUUUCGUGCGCGCUCGUCAGUCGUCAGUUUUUCUUCAGUGGCUCCGCGCGUUUCGCAUUUUGUUGUGCGGGCUGCUACUCCGCAGCAGCAGGAAAACUACACAUACAUACACACAACUCAACUGAAAAACUUGGCUUUUUAAUAAAAAUAAAUUCAAUUUUAUUGCUUUUUCUCCCGCGCGCUUUUACACAUAUACAAACCGUGCGUCUCUAUAUCUAUAUAUAUAAAUGUGUGUGUGUGUAUCAACAUAAUUUUGAUGUGCAAAGCUCUUAAAAAAAAAAAACAACAAAAUCUAAUCAAAACGACACGACGACUAUGUGCUGCCUGUGAUUCUAUUUCGUUUUUAAUUGACAUAACUACAAGCAUUUGACAAGCAAAAGAAGAUCAAGAAGAAGACGAACAAAAAGAAGAAGAAGCAGUCAUUUCAACUAAAGCUGUACAAAACAAAACAAACGUUAAGCUGCCCUCCUCCCAUACAGUACUUUCCGGAAAGCUGCGUAAAAGAAAAUCGUGCUUGGCAGAGAGCACAACCGAAACGGAAGCCACGUCGAACGACGACGGUCGGCUGGAAAUAAAGCUCCUCCCUUCUCCCCCACCCCCUCUCUUUGUUUCCUUGGACUAACUGUUACAAUACACUGUCCAAAAUGGAUGACGAUCAACAGUUUUGUUUGCGGUGGAACAACCAUCAGAGCACGUUAAUCAGCGUAUUUGACACGUUGCUGGAAAAUGAGACACUAGUCGAUUGCACGCUCGCUGCCGAGGGUAAAUUUCUCAAAGCCCACAAGGUGGUACUAUCAGCAUGCAGUCCCUACUUUGCUACAUUGCUGCAAGAACAGUACGACAAGCAUCCAAUUUUCAUACUCAAGGAUGUCAAGUAUCAGGAACUGCGCGCCAUGAUGGACUAUAUGUACCGUGGCGAGGUCAACAUCUCGCAGGAUCAAUUGGCCGCGCUGCUCAAGGCUGCCGAAUCGCUGCAGAUUAAGGGACUGUCCGACAAUCGCAGUGGCGGUGGCAGCGGCACAGCAGCAGCAGCUGCUGCAGCACAACAACAACAACAAGCUACCCACAAACCGGAUUCACAUCAUCGCGUCAAGCUGAGCGGCCAAUACACGUUGGAGCAGACAAAGCGUGCGCGUAUUGCAACUGGCGGUGCUGGUGGUGUCAUGGAUGCAUCUGGUGAUGUGUCCGGUUCACGCGAAGGCUCCUCCAGUCCGUCGCGUCGUCGUCGAAAAGUGCGACGCCGCAGCAUGGAAAACGAUAUUCACGACAACUCGAAUUCGUCAGUGCUGCAAGCAGUCGCCGCCUCCAAUCAGUCAAUCCUCCAACAAACAAGCGCCAGCCUCGCCGCCUCCGCUCUGGUCAGCACUCAAUUGGCCAGCGGGAGCAGCGCAGGUGCAGCAGUUGCAACAGCAGCAGCAAGCAAUGCAGCAUGUGGCAGCAGCAGCCAAGUAUCGAACCAGCCAUUGACCAGCAGCAGCAGUAACGUUACCAAAAAGACUGAAAGCGCUAAACUAACAUCGACAGCUGCCCAGGGCGCCCAACAACAACAACAGCAGCAACAACAACAAACAACAAGCGAUGCCAUUAACACCGACAAUGUACAACAACAACAACAGCAGCAACAACAACAGCAACAGAAUCAAGGCGCCCAAGGCGAUGCUGAUGAAAUGGAUGUGGCAAGUGGUGCUGGUGGUGCAAGUGGUGCCGUUGCAGUCCACACGGGUGUCGUUAAGCAAUUGAUACCGCUUGACAAGUCGAAUCAUAAACAAAAGAUCAAAGAUAAUAGCAUAACAACAACUGAAAUGGUAAUUGAGCCCAAGGCCGAAUACGAUGAAGAUGCGCACGAUGAGAAUGUUGAGGAUUUGACUUUGGAUGAGGAGGAUAUGACAAUGGAGGAGCUGGACCAAGCAGCCGGCACCAGUCAGGGUGGCGAAGGAUCUAGUCAAGCAUAUGCAGCAUGGCAACACGACAGAUCUCAGGAUGAACUUGGACUAAUGGCCGCACAGGAUGCACAGCAACGGGAUCCACAAGAUGAUAAUGGACAACUCGAUGCAGGCGAAUCUCGAAUACGUGUACGCAAUUGGUUAAUGCUGGCGGAUCAGUCGAUAAUAGACAAGACUAGCGAUGAUUCCACAGACAAACUAACUCCGAGCAAAAAGCCAAAUGCGAACGCGGCUAAAAACACUAACAACGCCAGUGGUAAGGCGCCAACGGGCACGCCCACAACGAUGACGAUCAGCACAACGCCAGCGUCGGUGACAAGGACGCUCAACCACCACAACAACAGUAACAGUAACAGCAACAGGAACAACAACAAUAACAACAAUGUGAAUAACGAUAAAAGCGGCAGCAGCAGCUGUUUGCCAGUGUUGGAUCCAAAGACACAAACGGUGACCAGAAUUGGAAGCAUUGGACGCACAACAAUUGCGUGUAUUACACCGGCUAGCCUGAAGAAUAGCUCCAGUAAUUGCAAUGUGGAUGCCGCAUCGGCAGCAGCGCUGGCCGCUGCAGGCGUCGAAUUGGAUAGCAUUGAUGAUGCAAUGACCGAGGUGAUAGUGAAGAUUGAGAAUCCGGAGAAUGUCUCGCUCAACGGCGACGAGGAGGCUGUGUGCAAUGAGGCGAUCGACGAUGAGAAUACCUUUGAUUAUGAUCUGAAGCUGGCCAGUCCAUUGUCCUGGACCUAUGAUGCUGUUAAGAUCGAGAACGAAGAGUUUGAGGAUAGCUAUCUGAUGGAUAACGAUGAUGAUGAUGAUGAUCUGUUGACCACAGCGGCGGCAUCACAGAAACAUGCAAAGCAAUCGAAUGACAAGCAAAGAACCAACAACAACAACAACAACAGCAACACUGGCAACUCCAAAAUCGUGCUUAGCUCACAGCAACAGCAGCAGCAACAAUUGUUGCUGGAACAGCAGCAACAUUUGCAGCAUCUGCAACUGCAGCCCACCAGUCAAUCACUGCAAAUCAAGCUGCCCGCCAUACCAGCAACAAUAACCACAAUUGCAGCGCCUAAGCAACCGAUAGCCAGCACCAGCGGUGGUGCCAACAUAACCACCGCCAAUUCAACGCUACUGUCCAGCAAAUUGGCGCUGAAUAUGGACGCACAGAAUCUGAACUUGCACUGGUCCCACACCGAUGACAAUCGCUAUCGCAUUCUGGUGCAGAACAAGCGCAUGCGCAAGGAGUCACUGGAGCAUUCGGCGGACAUGAUCUACAAUGCGGACAUUGAGAAGCCCUGGGUGUGCCGCAACUGCAAUCGCACCUACAAAUGGAAGAACAGCCUCAAGUGUCAUCUGAAGAACGAGUGCGGCUUGCCACCGCGCUACUUCUGCAGCAAGAUGUGCGGUUAUGCGACGAAUGUGCACAGCAAUUUGAAGCGUCAUCUCAAUACCAAGUGCCGUGAUCGCGAGCAGGAGGAGCAGGAGAAGGAGAAGGAAAAGGAGAAGGAGAAGAAGCUGAAUGCCACUGCUGCUGUGGCAACAAGUGCCACCAUCAAUGCAACCGGCAACAACAACAUCAGCAGCAGCAGCAACAUCAGCAAUAUUAGCAACAACAGCAAUGGCAACAGCAGCACCUACACACUAGUCUUUCAAAAUGAAUAGACAGACAGGCAGACAGACAACAUGUUGUACAAAUAAGCCAGCGGAACUAGCAGCUGGAACUGGAACUAGCAAUGGAACUGACACAGUGUCAUCUCUUGGCACAUGAGCUGCAACCAAAAUGAAUGCAAGCUUCUCUUAGUAAAAUUUAAGAAUUGUUUUUGUUUUUAAUUCUUCGUUUAGUUUGUUUCUCUUUCUGAUUUCGAAUAUUUUUUCUGUUUUUUUUUUUAUAAAAUAGUUUUUAUGCAAAGCGCGUGCAAUUUUCAGCGCUUAAUCUAAAACAAAUCUUUAAAAAAAGUUAAAGCGCAGCACUGAAUUUGUCAUUAGUUUUAAUAUAAUUAAAAAUUUGUUUUGUUGCAUGCCACACAGUCGCAGUGCCAGUAAAUGUUGCAAGUAACAAAAAAAAAAAAAAAAACCAAAAAAAAAAAACCAAAACUUAGACUUAGUUGGCAAUACAAAUGAAAAUUGUGUAUUGUUUUAGCGAAUUCUCAAACAACAAACUAUACAAAAAAAAAAA